GUUACAAUAUUGCUUCACCUCAAAACUUUACUUAUUGCAGCUUUAAGUCCGGGACAGCACGGAUACACGUGGUCACAGACCUGUGGUGCGCUCUGGAGCCGUGCAGUGGGUAAUAGCUGAGCGCCAGGACGGUCAGCGUCGUCUCCAUGCUGUUAGUGAGGGUGCGGGUGGAGCAAUACCAGUGCAGGAUUAAAUCCUGAAACUGUUGUGUAAUGGACUGAAAGAGUGCUUCAUGUCAGCUGAAAGUCAUGUUUCCCAGACGGAUACCGUUUAAUCAGAUCGCCUUCGCGACUCUGGUCGGAGUCGGAGGAGGAAUUUAUAUCUACAGACCCAUGUUCGAGCCUCCCAGGAGAAAUAAAAGUGCAGAAAAUAAAGCUGAGACUGUAAAUAAAGGACAAAAUAACAUGGAGAAGUGACUGGAGGAGGAGGAAAGGUCGAAGAAGGAACCAUCAUCAUCAUCAUGUUGUUUAUACUGUAAAUAAUUGAUAAAUUAGACAGGAUAACAAGAUGGACAGUUUAUUUACAAAUUACUCUGAUAAUAACUGAGUCGAUCCACUCACAAGAAUGAAUAAUAAUAAAGUUUUAUUGUUCAAAAAAAAUGAGCCGCUUCUCUUAAUUCUUGGAUGAUUUUUCCCCCCUGAUAUGUUGUCAUAUUUGUGUUGAUAUUUAUCAAACCGGAUACAAACAGAUUAAUGCGUAAAUUGUUCGUACGAGCGUUCACGCAAGAAAUUUGGUAUCCGUGAAAAUCCCGUCAUUUCAGAAGAAAAGAAAGGAAAACGUUCGUAACCUGCUCUUGCUCCUGAGUGAUCCGAGUCCUCUCCCAAGUUAGCAAAAACAAACACGUAACGAGUAUUCUUAAAGAUUAAUUAAUACUAUAAUAGAUGAUUAUAUAACGAGACAAAACAAUUUCCACAUUUUGUGUACUGUUCGAGAUUAUUAUGAGUAUGCAUAUCGUCAGGUCUAGAAUUACCGCCAUCCUUCAAAGAAUGGGCAAAAACGAAAGAAAAUUGCACACACUGGGCCUCAUUUAUUAAGCUAAUUUAUUCAUAAAUCAUUUGUACGAGCAUUUACAUGCUCAUAUCCUACUUGUGCUCCUGAGUGUGCGGAAAUUUACACAUGAGAGG